AUGUCUCUCGACCUCCUAAGCAUCGAGUACUGGCAACGGCGGGCGAAGAGGGACUUCCAGCAGCAACCCGAGCAACUCAAUGUGACGUGUGGAAUGAUCAAGACUGCUAUACUCCGACUGCUUCCUCUUGCUGCUCUCGUGGCAAGUACAGCACUCACUGUCCACCUGAAGUCGACGCACACCGUGACGGACCAAUGCAGCGAGGAUUCGUUGGAAGUCGGAAUCAAGCACUUCAAGUUUGAUCAGCUACUCUACGCUUGGGUCCCAGAGGACUGCUUUUACGAAAACCUACACGACCAAUACGUAGCAGAAGCCGCCAACACGACAUGGUUUCGCUACAACACCUUCUCAACUACGGUUGAACCUACAGUCGUCGAGCACGGACAGAUCCAAGAAAUCUAUGCUAGCCAGGAAUGGCAGUCUGCACAGUGUGUGUACCUCUGGGAAAUGUUCGGGACUUCCGUGGAGACAACGAGGAAGGUUGUGGAAUGGGCGGUAGAUGUUAGCCAUAGUACAGAUUGUGCGAAACGUUUCCUCGAUUAUUUCGACACGGGCUUGGAGCCAGAUAGUAGCCACUGGUUCUUACAAAAGGUGCAAUAUUUGCGAUGUCGAAGACUUAGCUGA